AUGUCGAAGAGAGGACGUGGUGGUUCAUCCGGAGCCAAGUUCCGAAUCUCGUUGGGUCUUCCAGUGGGAGCAGUUAUUAACUGUGCUGACAACACUGGGGCCAAGAACCUUUACAUCAUCUCCGUGAAGGGCAUCAAAGGGCGUCUUAACCGUCUCCCUGCUGCUGGAGUGGGUGACAUGGUGAUGGCGACGGUCAAGAAAGGCAAGCCUGAGCUCAGGAAGAAAGUGCAUCCUGCAGUCGUGAUCAGGCAGAGGAAAUCGUAUCGGCGGAAAGAUGGGGUCUUUCUCUACUUUGAGGACAAUGCAGGUGUCAUUGUUAAUAAUAAAGGAGAAAUGAAAGGUUCUGCCAUCACUGGCCCAGUAGCUAAGGAGUGUGCGGAUCUGUGGCCCAGAAUUGCCUCAAAUGCUGGAAGCAUUGCAUAA